AAAAAUGUGGUUCGUGUACGUGUAUGACGAGGAAAAGAAGGAAUUGGGGAGGCAACAAGCCCCUGGUUCGUGCCCUUACUGUGGAGGGAAAGUUGAAUUCAUGGAUGUUGAGAUCCAAUCAAGGCUUUGCUUCUUGCCUAUGUGCUUCAACAUCAAGAGGAAGUACUUUUGUACUCUCUGUGCUAGGCGUUUAGAAUUGUAUCCCUAG